GGAGAAUUCAUGUGCUGGAAGGAGAUUUAAGUGGAGAGCGAGAGCAGAGCGGCAGAGAAGGGACUGGGGUGAGAGUGGGAGCUGAAGACUGAGAGAGAAACAGGCAAGGGGGAAAGAGGAGUAAGGGAGCAUCAGAGUCGAGUCUGCUUCUAACCACCGCCUGUCGGAUCUCCCUGAGCUGACGGGCUGCUGCUGCUGCUGACUGGAGACUGGAUCCUUUUGCAGCACACACACCAGAGUUUCCCUGUGGCUAUGCGUUCAGCUUGCAUUAACCUCUGCUGGCUCCGUCACUGGCACACAUGAGCGAAGGUUUGACCAGCUUGGACCUGACUCAACACCCAUGAACCCCUGCCAACUCUGGCAUACCCUCUCAUUAAGGUGCCCAGGUGGACUCUGGAGGCCGAACAGUGAAUUCAUUUAUCUGUUCAGGAAACCAGCUUGAAAUUAUAUGAACGUUGAGAAAUGGCACGUUAUCCUGCUGGAAGCAGCCAUCUGAAAAUGGGUUUACUGUGGUCAUAAAGGAAUGGACAUGGUCAACAACAACACUCAGAUGGGAAAUGACUCAGAAAUUUUUCAGUUCGUGUCCAGAAUAUCAAAAGAUAAUGACUUCGUCAUGGGAACACUCUACACCAUAUUUGGUGUGUUGUCAAUACUGGGGAAUGGGAUCCUGCUGUUUGUGGCCUAUAGAAAGAAAUCCUCUCUGAAGCCAGCAGAGUUCUUUGUCGUCAAUCUGGCCAUCAGUGACUUGAGCAUGACUAUAACUCUGUUUCCACUGGCCAUUCCCUCAGCCUACGCUCACAUGUGGUUAUUUAACCUGACAACCUGCACUGUCUAUGCCUUUUGUGGUGUUUUGUUUGGCCUGUGCAGUCUGUCCAAUCUCACGGUGCUCUCUUGUGUUUGUUGGCUCAAGGUCUGCUGUCCAAACUAUGGUAACAAGUUCUCAUACUGCCAUGCCUCCCUACUCGUCGCAGGCAUCUGGUGCUACGCCGGAGUGUUUGCCGUGGGUCCACUGUCAGGUUGGGGAGAAUAUGGGGCUGAACCUUAUGGGACUGCGUGCUGCAUCAACUGGCACGCUCCCAACCACAGUUCUGCAGCGAUGAGCUACAUCAUCUGUCUCUUCUUCUUCUGCUACAUUAUUCCCUGUACUGUUAUAUUUCUGUCCUACAUCUUCAUCUUGGUGACAGUGCGAGGCUCUCGGCAGGCCGUGCAGCAGCACAUGUCUCCUCAGAACAAGAUCACCAAUGCACACUCACUUAUAGUUAAGCUUUCCGUGGCAGUUUGCAUUGGUUUCCUCACAGCUUGGAGUCCAUAUGCGAUUGUUUCCAUGUGGGCAGCCUUUGGGAAAGCAACAGAUGUACCACCAAUGGCUUUUGCUUUGGCAGCCAUUUUUGCCAAGUCCUCCACCCUUUACAAUCCCAUUGUCUAUCUGGUCUUCAAGCCCAAUUUCCGCAAGUCUCUGUGUCGGGAUGUAGCUCACUGCAGAAGCACAUUCUGCAGAUGUUUUUGUCAACACAGCUCUGCACAGAAGGGAACUUGCAGGCAAUCUCAUCACAUUGACGAGUGCAACUCUACAAGGUUGUCUAACGGACUGCCAGAGAACCACCGGACCUGCAGACAUUGUCCUUGCACUGAAACAGUCUCCGGUGCCAAGGAAAAUUUCACAGAUUACAGUCCUCAACAGACUGCCAGAAUACUGAAAGGAUCUGUGCAAACCGAGGUCGCUGUCAGUCAGCUCUCCAAUGAGCUGCAGAGUGACUUUCUUUAAAGAGAGAAAAACGCUGCCUCAAAGACAAAAGCUGCCAAAAGAAACCAGCAACAAAAAACUGCAAGACGUUGGAUUAAAAAGAAAAAGGCUAAUUGCAAUUUCAGGAAUAGUCACAGGCUCAAGACGUACUUACUGAUGAAAAAGACUAUUAUUCAGUAUUAUUCUUGAGUUUGAAGCUUGUUCUAUGCCUCAAAUAUUUAAUACUGCCAAUAGAAAAAAAAUAUAUAUAAAAAAAAGAAAUCAAGAUUUGAUCAUGCAGUUAGAUGCAAAUACAGUAAAAUAAGCAAGCCAACCAGUUCAGAUGAUUUGUCAGGUCAAAGUUACAAGCAUCAACUAUUUUAUUGCUCUGAACAAUCAACAUCUAGGAAACAAGACUGAAGAGUAAAAAUGCAAAAUCAAUUUACGCUGGAUUUAGAGGGAGGAACUGAUACUGAAACUGACUACUCCCUAAUCAACCCUUUAUGUGUUUUUACAAGUACUGUACAUUAUGGGAUAUUUGUAUUUAUUAAUGCAUGCCUCAAACUGAAGGACAACAGGGUUGCUGCUCUUAUCUAAAAGUAAGUAAAUAUUGUGUCCCGAUUGCUGUGGGAGAACAACGUUUUCGAAGCCUCAAUUGAUUUGCCUACAAUUUGCCGAACUUGAGGCUCACCUUUUAAAAAUAGGUUCAUCAAUUAAAUAAAUAUUAUAAUUUGUGAUAUAAAAUUAGAUCCUCUGGCAAAAAAGCCAGGAAAAAUGCAUAAUGAAUGGAUUACCCAAUUAGUUGUCUCAUUCUAAAAAAAACAAAAACAAAAGAAAAUCACAAAAAUAAUUAAACUAACAGGCUUGUGCAGAUUUUAUAAAUGUUUUUUGUUUUUCUUACAUAUUAGCACCUUUCCAACUGACAGAAGAGAGAUUCAAAUGACAAAAGAAGUUUUGUACUAAAAUAGGGUUAACUGUUGGUCAGACUGGGUCCAUGAUAGAGACAAGUUCAGGAGAAACAAAAGGCACACCUAAAAUAUUUUUAGAAUGGUGAUUACAAGCAUUACAAUUUACAAUUUAGCAAUUUACAACUGAGAGGCACACUUCACAAUAAGACUCAUUCAACUCUGGGACCCAAACUAGUUUUCUUCAUAAUCCGUAAGAUGACUGGACAUCCUCAUGCUGCUUGUGUGUUAAAUAUCUAAACAGAAGGCACAUUCAAGCAUCUGAACAUUGUACUUAAGAUGAUCCAGGCUUGUGAAAAUCCACAAUUCUCUUCUUGAUAUUGUGCUUGCAUUAUUUCUUUUGAAUUCGUCCUUAUUCAUGAAGUGAAUGAAGUUGUUUGUUUGAGAUGCUACCUCAAAAUAAAAUUACAAUUGAACCCUCCAAUUAACUCUGCCAUUAGUCAGUUAGCAAAUGAAAAUAAUUUUAUCCAUUCUAACUGAGCUAGAAUGGGUUUUGCUGUUUAGUCUUCAUCACUCACAAGAUCAGCAAAAAAAAUAAAAUAAAUCCACAUUCAUAAUGUGUAAUUACUUUGAGAAAAAAAAUAUUUCAGUUAUUUUCCCCUUGAGAAAAAAAAAUUACAUUCAAGAGGGUGCUGAUUUAUUUAAUUAACACAAAACAGGAGAAAACGUCUAUGCUUGUACAUGAAUAUGGAUAUAUUGUCUUCACUGCUUCUCUUGCCAGCUAUUAAAAAAAAGUUGGUAACAUGAGACAUAAAAGGCUGACUCAGCAGAUACCAACAUUAUCCGAAUAAAAGUGCUCACUGAGCAUGGCUGAGCACUGUCUGCCUAACAGGCAGUUUUGUUCUUUUCUCCUGGCAGCAAAGGUCAUCAACGGAAGUCAAAAAAGACAUGCAAUGUACAAGAUGAAUUAGAUCUGCUUGAGUGUGUGUUUUUGUUGACUGGCAUAGCUUCUGUGAUAUCUUUACUCAUUAUGCGGGGAAGGCUCCGGCUCUUUCUAGUUUUCACAAAUUACCUGACAACGAAAGCAGCUCAUAUUUGAUGUUUGCUGUUUCACAUGAUCACCUUAUAUUCUGCUUGAGGUGAUAUAACAAUCAAGUGACAUGUUGCAGAUAAUCUCGUGAAAUGAUCUCAACUCCCUAAUGACUCAGUAAGAGGUGAAAUCUAACAAAUUCAACAAUAAAAUAAAAUUAAAAAGAAAAAGAAAAAAUCAGCAGUAAUAAUACACCGCCCUCUUGCUGUUUUAUAUUUUUAUUUUUAUAGUUUUUACAUUUAGCCACGGGUUUGCGAGAGGCCUGUUAUUGAAGGGCUACUGUCUAGCUAAGGCUAUGACUACACAUAGCCUGGGGUACAUACUCAACACAUACAUAGAAAAUACAACAAACCUAUCCCUAAAUUACUUUUUGAGAAAUAAAGUGGUGAGCAUGUUCAACCCACAGAAAAAUGGUAGGGGAAAAUAUCCUAAGAAUCCAAGAAAACUGCUCUGUUUGUAUUUGCCAUCCAGUUUCCUAUUAGUCCAAAUUAACUCAGCUGGUUUAGUGCAAGUUGAUGGUGUAUAAGAAGGAUUUUCAUUACCGAGGUAAAGACCCAUGCAAAAGGCUCUAUAAGAUUGCUUACAGAGGUAUUAUUAAACUUAGAAAUUUGCCAGUGACCACAGUCCAUGACACUGCAAAGGAAACAAUAAAACUUCAACAUAAACCAAUCUUAACCAAGUAUUUCUCACUAGAUUUCUGACAAAGAAGUCAAAAAACUAAUCAGAAGAGUUCAAAAUAAUCAGGUGCUGAAGGGCAAUCAUGAAGAGCUUCAGAGAGAUCUGGAAUUAGCAAGUACAGUUUUUCUCUUUAAGUAAUUCACUAAAUCACAAAGAUUUCUUUGCACAGUUACUGCACAAGACUCCCCCUCAAGAAAAAGGUUUUUUUUUAAAGCUGUUAAGGGUUUGCUCUAAACCCUUUAUACAACCCGUGUAACAGUGGGUUAAUCUAGUCUGGUUGGUUGAGAAAAAAAUGUAAGUCUUUGAAUGUAAUUGUUUUUGUCACCAUGUUGGAAGGAGAAAACGCAUAACACCUCACGCCAAAACACCAUACAAAAGGUGAAACUUGCAAGUGAAACUUGAUGGAAGCAUCAUUUCCUGGGAUUGUUUCAAUUUUAUCACUUGAUGUGAUUGAAUGAUCUGGCUUUAAAAAUUACAUAUGUGUAUAUAAGACAAUGAUUCCAAAAACAUAAAGACACAAUAAUUGGGUUAAGAGAACAAAAUCAAGGUUGUUAAAAUGUCCCAGUUAAUCUCUUGCUUAAAGGAAGCGUAUUAUGCAAAAUCAACUGUUUAGAGCUUUAUAUGAUGUUACAAUGUCAUUCCCUCAUCAAACACAUAACCAGACUGUUGCUCAUUUAUGCAUGUCUAAGAAAACCUUGAAUUUCGAGUGGCAGCCAAUUGGCGGAGCCUUAACGCCUGCUCAUGCAAUGCGCUUGUUUUUUUAGUUCUUCCCCCAAAGCUCCACCCUGGAGCUUCAGUCCCCAGUUGAGCUCCACGGCUCCACCAGACUAGCGACGGCAGGGAACAGCGAGCACCUGGUGGAACUGUGAGUCUGCUGAGCUAAUCACACAAACUACAAUGUUCUUAAGUAUGGCUGUAAACAGCAUCAAUGGACGGCAUGGGGAAACUUUCUUUGGAUGACGUACUGAAAGGGAGGUUCUUAAAGGAACAGAGGCAAAUUUCAAGGUGUCAGAAUCGGCUUUGACAUGAAGUCAAAUUUCUGAAGUUGUUCUCAAAUUAUUUUUAAUAUAUUCAGAAUUUUUAUAACAAUUGAAUGUAACUGAUUGUGCCAUAAAGUGGCUCUACGUGUCUGAAAAAUAUAUAAUAUCCCCCAUUUAAAUUAAAUUUGAAAAUCUUGUGAAAGAACUGAAUCAAGCAGUUUAGACAUAGACACGUUUCUCUGAACCUGAAAGAUUUGGAGACAGUUGGUUUUGAAAAAUCGGUUGCAUCACAAUAAUGCAUGCUACUGGUUUCACCAUAAAAAAACAGAUCUCAUCAUGAUGCACUUUUCUAAUUAUAAAAAAAUAAGUAAGGUGUUUAAUCCCAAUUCUUUAUAUAACUCCACUUACUUUUUUGACUUUUUGAUUUGUUUGUUUCUGAGUAACUUGAGUUGUGACUGAUAUAUGGUCAAUAUGAACAUUAGAGACUGGGAAAAACAAUGCAUGAAAUUCAUCUUUCUGCAGGUGUUUGUCCAUUUAUUUGGACACUGAAAUGUUACUAUAAGAACAAAUUUCUGGUAACUCAAAAUGUUCAUUUCUACCUCUUUACUUUCAAAGUGGAGGACAUAGACUAAUGCUGCUAUGACAACUUUUAAAAGUUGUUAUAGUGUGUCUUAAAACAAAAUAAACAGCUGUGCUGAAAGUGUUUUUGUUAUAUUUUAUGACUAUAUAUUUUUAACAAUUUUUCAGUGAAUCUAAUUCACAGUAAAGCCUAUGAUUUUUUUUCUAUCAGUAAAUAUGGUUUAUGAUUGUAGUGGUUUUAGUAAAACAUGUCCACAGACAUAACCCUUAGUAGCAUAACAUGGACCUACCCUAACAUAAAUUAUUGCUGCAUCCAAAAGUAGACUUGGAGCAACACUCUGCAACUCUUUACAUUAGAAACAACUGUGUUUUGUAUGAAUACCUACUUCAAACCCUCAAUGCGGCAUAUCCCCAGGCAGGUUUUUGCUUCCUAACCCCUUAACUAAAGUCAAUAUACUUAUUCAUAAGUUUGUGAAUGCUAUGUUAAAAGAAACUGUGACAGAAGAAUAAAGGCCAACGAGCAUCUGUGGUCUUUAAGCCAAACGAGUUUAUUCUAUGAGUUUUCUACAGACAGCAGAGACUUGUGGGGCUUGAGUGUGAAUCCUUUAACACCGAGCUGUGAGAUAAAAUGAACGACGCCUCAGGCUGUCUGUAGCCUGAGUUUAUUUCACCUGACACGUGUAGCUUCAUGUGAAAAUCUUGUAUUUGUAAAAAAGUUUAAAAAAAGAAGAAAAAAGAAACACCAUUUGCAAAGUGAAGUUUUUCUAAAGCUUUUAUAAAGAUGCUGCUGAAAGUCCAUUCAUCUACAGCUUUUACUUUACAUUGCAUAUUGAUCAACUCCUACAUGUGCAGGGUGGCAUCUCAUUACUUUAUCUUUUUCUGUAACCUUCAGAAUAAAGUGGAUAAAAAAAGAAUAAUUAAAGCGUGGCUUGGUAUGGUAUUCAUUUCCAGAAAAAAAAAAAACAACUUAAUGAUUGUACAUCUGUGAUGUUUUCACACCGAUGGUGGUUUGUUUGUGGCUGGGACAUUACAAAAGAAGGAAACAAUUGUUAAGACUUGAGGAUCAAUGAAGGCAUUUAAAGCUAAGUCUGCAGCAACCAAAGGUUACAGUCACUUUCAGACUCUCCGUCAAAGCCAAAAUGCUGUUUUCAACGCUCAUAUUUUUCUACCAAUAUGCAGAUGAACAUGAGAAGAAUAUACAUAUCAGAGACUCGGCUUCAAGCCAUGAGCUGAGAAGGUUUGUUUGGCCCUACAUUUUGUGGGCAAAGAUGGACACUGAAACCAGGAAAUGCAACUGUGAAAAUCUGCUUCUGAUGUCUCUUUUCUACUGUUUUCUUCUUCAAUAUUAAAUGCUACAACUCCCUUUGUGUUUAUUCUGCAUCAUGAGCCAUUCCCUCCUGGGUCAUGUACACUGGCUUUACUCAUAAAGAUAAUAUAGUGUACAUACUGUAUAGGGAUGCAUGUGUGAAUAUAAGUGUGUAUAUAUGUGUUUGUAAAGAUGCCAUCUAUAGAUAAAAUACAAUUCAUGAAUAUCAGCCAAAUUGUAUAAAUAAGAAGAAAAAUGUCUCUUCCAGUGUCUUGAAAUGGGGAUGAAGGUUUUUUUAUUUAUUUUUAUGUAGUUUGAGCUUUAGCAGAGUCACAUUCAAAGUGUUUCCAUAAAUGUCUGUCAUUAAGAGAUUGGGUUGCGUGUAAGCUGUCGGAUUAGUAGGUUCGUUCUCUGCAGCUGGGUCUAUUUUACUUAAGCUUGUCUAAAAUUUCCAUGAGACUGCUAAGACGAUGCCUCCAUAAAUGGAGCCAAAUGGCAUAUUUGUAUAAGACUCUCUGUCGGACAAGUCUUACAUAAAUAUGCCGUAAUUGGUCAGUUCCAAAGGUUUUGGUACGCCCAACCCAUUGUUACACAUCAGGUGCCCACAUGUUGUAGUGUAAAUGUACUAUAUUGAGAUAGAAACACUUCUAAAUAACACAAGCAAUGCUACAGAUGUCAUUGUCUUUUAUUGGGAUUUUAAGUGACAUACAAACACUAAACAGUGUCUUAUUCUGAAUUAAAAGGAACAUGAUGAUGUGUGGCUUGCAUUUUAAUUUCGCCUCACUGAGUAUUUACUAGAAUUAAAUCCAUUACAGGGCCUCACUGUGGUGUAGUAGUACAGCAGUUCCCUCAAAUACUGAGGCUGUCAGUCCAUAUGUGGUUUGAUUAAAAACAAAAGAAGCUUUCCUUCAUGUCUUUGCCAUUCUCUCUCUGCCCAUUAUUUGCCUGUAACUCUGUAAAUGAAUGCCACUAGUGCCACAAUAUAUUUAGAAAAUGUUAUCAAUUACAACUCUGUGCUUUUAAGAAAUGUCUCUGUCAGCUUUCUCAUCUAAAGAUGACCAUUUGCUACCAUGAGUGUUUUUUAGUUUUGCCACAGAUUCUGAAUUGAUUUGGACUUUGUUUGAACCCUUAAAACAUAUACAUAAAUAUGCUGGGGUGUAAUUAUUUCCUUUGUAGCUCUGGCUGUUCUUUUCCAUCUUUUCAGCAUCUUCUUUUCCAGGGCCAUCUUGUAUUUAGCUCCAUCCAUCUUCACACCAACUUUGACCAGCUCCCCUGUACCGGCUGUAGAAAAGCAUCCUCACUAAGCUGCUAACCAAAGUACCUCCUUCACAAUUGCUUGUGUUUUACAUGGCUUGGAGAAACAAUUUACACACAACGUUUAGAGCUUUCUUUUAACAGCAUCUUUAUCUUUGCUACUCUUCCAUGAAGGCCAUGGUGGAGCAAUGCAUUGCUAAUACUUCCUGCUUCCUCUACCCUGCUUAUAUUGGGUCUCUUGGCAGCUUCUCUAAAAACCCUUAAAGGGGCCGGUUCUCGAUUGGUUUGAUGUUCAUUCCUUAGUUAACUAUAGGGUGUGUUCACUGGUCUUCAUAAUGUUGUUUGUUCACCUUUGUUGAUAAAUAAAACUGUGAGGUAGAGGUGGGCGGAUCAAUCCAUAAUAUUGAUAAAAAAGUUGGUAUCAGCUUCAGAUCAAUACUUGUGAGGUAAAAUUGAUACUUUAGUUUCAGAUUCCCCCUUGAAAUGUAUUUUAUUUUUGUAUUUUAGUUUCUAAGCUUUACCAAGAAAAAAAACCCCAAAAACAUUUGAUUUGUUCUCAAAUUAUAAUAUUUUUGCACUUUAUUUAGAAAAAAAACACCUGUUCUGUGUUGUUUUCUAUUUCUGCUUAUUGUGUUGAUAUGUUUUAAACAUAUUUUGAAUCAACUUUGUUAAAAUUAGUGCCUAGGUUUUAGCAAAAUAAUUCAAAGGAAAAACCACAAAAACAUCUAAUGAUCAGAUGCUUGAUGAUGUAACAAAAUUAAACGAUAAAAUAUAUUGGUAUCAGUAGUGAUGUCUGUGAUACAGGCCCUGUAUUUACUUGGUAUCAGAUUGACACCAAAAUAUGCAGCUUCGCACACCUUUACUGUGAAGCCUUCACAGAAAAGCCAUAAAUAUUUAAUAAAGCAUUUAAGAAAAAUAUUUGUUUUAUUAAUGACAUAGCUUUUGAAAGCAUUUUGAUUGCAUUGCAUAUUUGUAGAGGUAUCAGAAUGCAGAGUGCUGAAUACUAAUGCAUGCCACAACUUUUACCGUUUUUAUUUGGAAAUUUUUAUUUUGUGCGGGUCAAAGACCUAAAAUCCUCUGCAAAAAUACAUUAAGGUUUUAGUUGUAGCAUGACAAAAUCUGAAAGGGAUGUUUGAAGACAUUUGGAAAGCAGUGUUCCACAAUGUUCUUUGCACUAAGUCCAUUAGAGUGACAAUAUUUAUAUGAGAAAUAUGUCUCUGUGCCACUGAAUAACAAUGGGAGAUUUUUCUUGACUGUAGGUAGUUUGAAACAUACAUUAUCUGUAGCUGAAUUUGAAUUCAAAGAGCUUUCAUUGUUAGGAAAUCCAGGUAGAAAAAGUGCAAACAUUUCUUUACACUUGCAUGGAUGAGCUGUUUACUGCACAGAAGCCUAAUUACAGCAAAAUCAGAGUGCUGAUAUAGCAGUGUUCAUGGAGAGCCUCAGGCUCUGUGCAGCAGUCAUUACUCCCUGCAUUAUGAAUUCAGCUGUUUUCAGCAGUUCCCCUCAAGGCAUCAAAUCAAUACUUUUGUUAAGCAUGUUUUUCUUAACGUUGAGUCUUGUCUGGAAAGAUGCGAGUAUGAGAUUGUGAUAAACCCGAUUCCCCUAGUUUCUUUCUGACUGUGAGAUUCUGAAUCAGCAUAUUUUGAAAAACUAAAGCGUUGUCUAUUUUUCAAUGUGUAUGUACUCUAAACACCUCUUUAGACUUGUGACAAAUCCGAGAUGAUUGCUGCUUUUGAAAAAGAAUAACUACCGAACAAAAGCAGAAACAUGAAAAUAGAAAGUCACAUUUGGGAAAACAGAACAAUUGGAUGAGAAACAAUUUGCUGUUGGGAGAUUUUAGCUUUGCACAUGUAUUACGACAAAAUAACACAUCAGAUGGUAUGCAGACCUUCUUCCCCAGUUUCAAAGACACAGUCAAGGGUGAAUGUGACAUGUUGUACAUUUAUGUCUGUUUAUAUAAGAAAAUAUUUAUCUAUAUAGAGUUUAAAAUGAUCACUUUGCAUUUAAUAAAUUAUUAUGAUUGUUGUCAGUGGAGUUACAAAUGCACUGUGAAAAUGUUUACACCUAUUUUUUGUUGAAAUAAAUAUAAACGAUUGUAUGAAAAGUGUAAAAUAUAUCCAUCCAAGGGCAAAUCGUUUGUUCUUGAUUAGAAUAAAAAUAUUAAAUAAAGACAAUUGGGAAAUUAA